GUAGGUCAAGCCGGAGAAGGCGCUCGGCCUCCGGCCGCCGCGGCCCAGCCCCAGUGGGUGUAGGACUCCGUCAGUGCCACGGUGUCUGCUGGUGCGAGGGAGACAGUGGCCGCAGUGAAGCCAGCCCGCCAGCCCGAUUUGCUUCGGUCGCUGAUCCGAUCUCCGCGGCCAGGACCCCCGCAUGCAGCCCUCACCCUGGAGCGGAGGCGGCGGAUCGAGGAGCUCUCGCGAUCCUCCCGGCAGAGGCUGCUGCAGUCCAGGGACAGGAUGUUCUCCAAGUUCACCUCCAUCUUGCAGCACGCCGUGGAGGCGCUUGCGCCCUCUCUUCCUUUGCAAGAAGACUUUGUUUUCCACUGGAAGGCGAUUACCCAUUACUAUAUAGAGACUUCAGAUGACAAAGCUCCUGUGACUGAUACCAACAUUCCAUCUCACCUGGAGCAGAUGUUGGAUAUUUUAGUUCAGGAAGAAAAUGAGAGGGAGUCUGGGGAAACAGGGCCUUGUAUGGAAUAUCUGCUACAUCACAAGAUCUUAGAGACUUUGUACACCCUGGGCAAGGCUGAUUGUCCUCCAGGCAUGAAACAACAGGUUUUAUCUUUUUAUACAAAACUUCUGGGAAGAAUACAACAGCCUCUUCUCCCACAUAUAAAUGUACACAGACCUGUGCAGAAAUUAAUCAGACUUUGUGGUGAAGUUCUGGCAACACCCACAGAAAAUGAAGAAAUACAGUUUCUCUGUACAGUGUGUGCAAAGCUGAAACAAGAUCCAUACUUGGUUAACUUUUUCCUUGAGGUGAUUCAAGACCCAGUCCUACACACUUGCAGGAGGCAGAACAAGCUAAAAGGACUGGCUUCAAAAGGCUCAGGAAGCUUAAUUACAGCAGACAUGCUAAAAUGCCAGGAUUCUGUGGUGACAGAUACAGGACAGACUGUUCAGCCUGAAGAGACAUUGAGUGGAGCGGAUCAAGCAGAGAGAGCAAAUGACCUCCCUCAGCAGGGAGAUGACCUGUCCACACGUUUAGAUGAAUUAAAUGCCUCUUCAUCCCCUGAGGCUUUGCCUGCCCAUCCACAUGGGGACUAUAAUUUGGUGGAUUCUCUGCUCAAUCUCACCAAAAGCCCAGAUGGCCGGAUAGCUGUGAAAGCUUGUGAAGGCCUCAUGCUCCUAGUGAGUUUGCCUGAGCCAGCCGCCGCCAAGUGUUUAACACAGAGUACGUGCUUAUGUGAACUGCUGACAGACAGGUUGGCCUCUCUCUACAAAGCCCUCCCUCAAUCGAUGGAUCCGUUAGAUAUCGAAACAGUGGAAGGCAUUAACUGGGGCUUGGAUUCAUACAGUCACAAAGAAGAUGCAUCAGCUUUUCCAGGGAAAAGAGCUCUGAUUUCAUUUCUAUCAUGGUUUGAUUACUGUGAUCAACUCAUUAAGGAAGCUCACAAGACAACUGCUGUUGCCAUGGCUAGCUCAGUGCGAGGACGUUUUUUUGUUGGCAUCAUGGAACCCCAGCUAAUGCAAACUUCAGAGAUCGGGAUUCUCACAUCAACUGCCCUGUUGCAUCGUAUCAUUCGUCAAGUUACUUCAGAUGCUUUAGUACAUGAAAUGGUCUGCUUUAUUCUUGGAGAACAGAGGGAGCCAGAAAAACUGACAGACAUCAACAGGCACCCAUUGCGACAUCGCUUAAUUGAGCACUGUGAUCACAUUUCAGAUGAGAUCAGCAUAAUGACACUCAGAAUGUUUGAACACCUUUUGCAAAAGCCUGAUGAACACAUUCUUUACAACUUGGUUCUAAGAAAUUUAGAGGAGAGGAACUAUACAGAAUAUAAACCACCCUGCCAAGAAGAUAAAGAUGUGGUAGAGAAUGGCCAGAUAGCAGGAGCUGUAGACCUAGAAGAAGAUCCAUUAUUUACUGAUAUUUCUCCUACCAUGUUGUCAAACCAAGAGUGGAUUACUGCUUCUCCACCUGUCAGCCCAGAUCAUCCAAAAAAUGAUGGGAAGACGGAAGUUCAUAAAAUUGUAAAUAGUUUUCUCUGUCUAGUACCAGAUGAAGCCAAAUCUUCCUACCAUGUGGAGGGAACAGGUUAUGACACCUACCUCAGAGAUGCCCAUCGACAAUUCCGGGAUUAUUGCGCCAUAUGUUUACGAUGGGAAUGGCCAGGCUCUCCUAAGCCCUUGGAAAAGUGCAAUUUAGAAGUUGCAUUCUUUGAAGGAUAUUUCCUGAAAGUUCUGUUUGAUAGAAUGGGCAGAAUUCUUGAUCAGCCAUAUGAUGUCAAUUUACAAGUCACAUCCGUGUUGUCCAGGCUCUCCUUGUUUCCUCAUCCACACAUCCAUGAAUACCUUUUGGAUCCCUAUGUAAAUCUGGCUUCUGGCUGCCGCUCUCUUUUUUCAGUCAUUGUCAGGUGUUGUUAUAUGUGUAAUGUACAGGUUGUUGGAGAUCUCAUGGUGAGGAUCCAGCGCAUACCCGAUUUCACGACUAAACUUCUGCUGAUCAGGAUGCGCCUUCUUGGCUUAGAACCAGAAGGGCCAAUUGUGGAUCAUAUGACAUUACUAGAAGGUGUAAUAGUAUUAGAAGAAUUUUGUAAAGAGCUGGCUGCAAUUGCAUUUGUGAAAUUCCAUGCCUCGUCCACACCAUAAAUAAGCUACUCUGAGCAUCCGACUAUGAGAUCAUCUUGUGUUUCAAUCAGAAAAGACUGAUAACUUCCCAGGCAAGAAAACAAAAAGCAAAGCAAUGGCAUACAUUUGGAGAAUUCAUAUGGCACACAUUCAGAUUGAAAUACUAGUUUUUUAAUUCCUUGGGAGUGACCAUAUGGGGGGAUGGGAAAAUAGGUGUUCUGUCCACAACACAAUCAAGGGAAUAUUGGCAGAACAGAAUAAGCUCAAAGGGCUGUACACAUGAGGACUUUAGUUUAAAAGUUUACUUUAAUAACCUUUUAGGAGGUAGGUGUUUUUAUAUACUUUAGGGCUCAUAGGCUUUUAAAGAAAUACUUCUUUGAUUCAUAGCUGAGGUGUGUUUUAUCCAUUUAAAUUGAAACCAGUAAGUGAUUAAAGCAUUGUAAAGUAUUUAAAUAAGAGGUUGUAAAUGAACACACAGCUUAAAAUGAAUUUUUUUUGUAUAUCUUUCAUGAUGUUUGAGUUCUGUUCAUUGUGAUGUUCAGUUUAUUGCUGAUUUUUUUGUUAUGCUAGAGUAAUAGGUGGCCACAAGUAUCCUUGCUUAUUCUCCUUUAUUAUGCUACAUAACUUUAUUUGCCUUAUGUUUUGUAUUGGUGCCCUGGAUUAUUUGAUCCAAAUGUCUAUUUGCAAGAAUGCUAGUAUUACAGGCCACUUACAGGGGUUUUAUAGUGUUUUAAAGAUUCUUGUUAUGAUUAAUUGGCUAAAGAGUAUCUUGUGCCUUGAUGAUCAGAAGUAUCAUUGUUUUGCUUUUUUCAAAUACUUUAUUAUUAGCUAAUUUGGAUAGCUGUAGCAUCCAGGCCAAGGGACAGCUGAUUCUGAAGCCACAUUUUAUAGUGCAUAUGGAUUGUAAUUCUUUGCAGGCUGCUUCAAGCUUGGGAUGCAAAUUUGUGAUUUUAUUGUUUUGGAGCAAGAAGCUGUUAUAAGUCAAGGAGAAAACAAAAUCCCUUUAUUUUGCUAUAGUCAGUCAUAAGCUAGAUUGGCCUGCCAGACAAUCAAGGGUAGAGGAUGAGCAAGAGGAAAGAAAAGGAAGGGCGCUUGACCUCCUCAGUCAGCCAAUGGUCUCUCCCUUUCUUUCUUCUUACUUGUCUCCUUCAGUUCUUCAUAUGCUGAAAACUCCAAAUGAGUCAGCUCUCUACCCUGCAUUGAAUAGAGUUUCUUUUUGCUUUUAGGAGGGGCAGUUACAUUUUGCUUAAUCAGAGGGGAGUGACCCUUCUCACCAGUUUGCCCCUAAUUGACAUGGUAGCAACACAGCAAAAUUUAGUUUCUAAACAAUUGUCCCAUUAAUCUCAUUCUUGGGAAUUCAGUGUAAUAAUAACUUAUAAUAACUUUUCAACACACUUGCUCCCUGCUUCAGAUAUUAUUUGGCUUGGUGUAAACUUGGUUGAGUUUUGCAGCUCACAGUGAUGUGAUGUGAAACAUAAAGCGAAAAACAGAGGCCUAAUCAAUACCCGUACCUGUUGUCAUCUAAUGUUGUAGGAACUAGCUAAAAAUGUGUUAGAAAGGCAAUCUGUUGGAAAGUGGGACAAUUUGGUCUAAAAUAGCUUAUGUCAGCAGUCCCAUGUGGGGAACAUUAAAAGCUGUGAGGCAAAAUUUAGGCCUACCUUCUUAUAAGAGAGGCAUGGCCAGGAGCAGCCUAACAAAGUAGGUUCAUAUGUACUGUCUAAUCAUCAAGAUACUUGCCUCCCUAGCAGAAUAAUAGCAUGUUGAUGAUUUUUUAUUUCUGUGUGCCACCAAAGUUAUUGAACGUGGCUCACAAAUGCAGCUGAGGAAAAUAAAUAUAAGGAAAGGCUUAGCAUUUUCUUACCGAGCAUCAGGCAGACAUUAGGUGAGAAGUGUGUAAUAUACAUUCAUGGAAACAGGCCCAUCUGAAAAGUUGUUUACGUUUUAAACAGUGCAGAUAGCAUUGGUUAUCUAGGCAGAAAGGUAGAAUUGUGAUUAAUUCCCUUGUGUGUUAAAUCUAAGUCUCUUUAGCAAAGUGGAAUUUAAGCAAACCUGGUAUAUGCAAACCUGCCACAUGCCUAAAAUCUAGGUAAAAUUCCUGAGUCUCAGACACAUGCUACUAGGCAAAUCAGAGGCCUGAGCUUUAUAUGCGUUGGUGGUGCUAUAUCUGAAAUCUGUGGUCUACAUAUUCUAGAUAAAUCCCACUGGACUUCACAGUACCCCAAAGCUGGAGGCAGACUUAAGUUUUGCUGUUCAAAACUAUGAGGAGAGAAAUUCACUUAAACUAUAUCUGGGCAGUUGGAGUCUUCUAGUUCACUAUAACUGAAGCUAUUCAGACUAUGAUAGAUUGAUUUCUGAAAAUGUUUUUAAAAAAUGAUAUGGGAUAAUCCUAUCUGUUCAAGCCAGAUAUCUAACAUUAAAGUUCAGUUUGCUUUUAAAAACACCAAGAUCCAAGCCUGAUUGCACAUGCCAUGCAUAUUAAGGAAGUUCAAGUUCUCUUGUUUUCAAGAAAUAACUCUGUUAAAGUCAUUUUAAGACACCAGUGUUUUUCCAUGUUCUUUAAAGACAUGCCCUUUUUGUCAUAAUGCAUGGCCCAAAGCUAGGAAAGCGUUAACCCUUUUUCUUGGCCCAUGAUUCUUUUUGUGAACCCAUAAAUUAUAGCAGCAACCUUUUUAUUUGUGUAAAAACAAUUGAAUUUUCCUUCCAAAAUGGAACUCUUUUAACUUUUUUAUAACUUGCUUUUCAUGCACUUUUAUUUUAAAGACUAGUUGGGUUAUUCUUUGAAUUGGUUGAAUCGAUGCCUUCAUAAGUACCCCUGUUCUGAUGUGUGUGUGUGUGCAUGCAUGUGUGCCCAAAUGUAGAUCCAUGUAUAGUUAUUUAUUAUCCACCAGUAAACACGGAAGAACAAAUAGUCUGUUCUCCAGAAGUACAGAGUAAAAACCAGUUAUAAAGUUGUUUGUGGUGACCAUUGGGUGCUUGGUAUCAUUACAAAUAAAACAAACAGUGUUUGUAUAUAUGAGUGGAUGAAGAAAGCUAGAAUUGUUUGGAGAGAGCUAUUGCGAGUCGGGCGAUAUAUACAUUUAAUAAAUGAAAAUGAAAUGAUUCCAGGAUACAGAUCCAGUUUUAAUUUUUAUCCUGAUGCACAUUUAUGUAAAUAAAGGCACCUUUGUAUUAUCUAUUGCAUCUAUUUAAUUUAGAUUCCGACGUUGACAAUUUUGUACCAACAUGAGAUGUCUGCUAGAAUAGCCAUUUCUCCUUAAUCUAUUUUUGUUAUCAUUGCAGUUGUCUGCCUACUAGUCUGAUCUUUUAACUGUAGCAUUUGAUAUAAUGUAUUCAUCAGUGCAAUAUUGAAGCUGUGAUACAAAACACAGUUUCAGCCUGCUUGUACAUCACCUGUUUACGUGUGUAUAUUUGUAUACUAAUGGACUGAAACCCAGCACUACUUUGAAGUAUCGCCAGUGCAAAGAUCAUAACACUAAGUCCUACAGGGCACAAUAAUCGUGGUAUUUCUUUAUAGCACCAUGACCUGCUGAAUGCAGCAAAGCUUUCAAUUGUGAAAUAGCAUCCUUAUUGGCAUGAGAACCAGCAAAGUACAGUGUGGAAGCUACACAUUCACUGUUGUUCUCGAUUGUAUGAGAAAUUAAGAUUAGCAUCUCUCAACAAACACAUCUGUAUAACCAUGAUUAAUAAUCCCUGUGCCCUGUUAUCUAGUGUUACAAGGUCUCUCUAUUUCUAUAUAUUCUUGGAUUUUUUUCCCUCCUGUCUUGUUUACAUUAAACAGAAGAUGUUCAGCAAACCUUUCCUAUUGAACUUUGUGUAGUUCAUUUGCUGACAUUUGCAAAGGUGUAAUAGACCAGGAAGAACAGUUGAAACAGCCAAAUUAUAGAACACGUGAUGAUAACGUGUUGGCAGAUCCAAUUCAGACCACCUUUUUUUUUGUUAAAAAGCAUGCAUGAAGGAUUAAAAGGGAUAUUCUUAAAAAUAAAUUAA